AUUAGGUUUGAGCUGUGUUGACUACCACUGCUUUUUCCUUGGUCUCACUUAUGUCUUGGAAGAUGGCUCUGCAGAUCCCUGGAGGCUUUUGGGCAGCAGCUGUGACCGUGAUGCUGGUGAUGCUGAGCACCCCAGUGGCUGAGGCCAGAGACUUUCCCAAGGAUUUCUUGGUCCAGUUUAAGGGCAUGUGCUACUUCACCAACGGGACAGAGCGCGUGCGGGGUGUGGCCAGAUACAUCUAUAACCGCGAGGAGUACGGGCGCUUCGACAGCGACGUUGGGGAGUUCCAGGCGGUGACCGAGCUGGGGCGGAGCAUCGAGGACUGGAACAACUACAAGGACUUCUUGGAGCAGGAGCGGGCCGCGGUGGACAAGGUGUGCAGACACAACUACGAGGCGGAGCUACGCACGACCUUGCAGCGGCAAGUGGAGCCCACAGUGACCAUCUCCCCAUCCAGGACAGAGGCCCUCAACCACCACAACCUGCUGGUCUGCUCAGUGACAGAUUUCUAUCCAGCCCAGAUCAAAGUCCGGUGGUUUCGGAAUGACCAGGAGGAGACAGCCGGUGUUGUGUCCACCUCCCUCAUUAGGAACGGUGACUGGACCUUCCAGAUUCUGGUGAUGCUGGAAAUAACUCCCCAGCGUGGAGACAUCUACACCUGCCACGUGGAGCACCCCAGCCUCCAGAGCCCCAUCACCGUGGAGUGGCGGGCUCAGUCUGAAUCUGCCCAGAGCAAGAUGCUGAGUGGCGUUGGAGGCUUCGUGCUGGGGCUGAUCUUCCUCGGGCUGGGCCUUAUCAUCCGUCACAGGGGUCAGAAAGGACCUCGAGGGCCUCCACCAGCAGGGCUCCUGCACUGACUCCUGAGGACUUUUGUCUGGGAUUGGUCAUCACUCUUCUGUAAUGCCCACCUGCCCCUGCCCAGAAUUCCUAGCUGCCUGUGUCACCCUGUCCCACUGAGGUCAGAGUCCUACAGUGGCUCACGCAGCCACAGGUCACCUUCUGUGAUCCCCACCCCAAGGCACUGGCGGUGACUCUGUUUCCUGCACUGACCCAGAGCCUCUGCCUGUGCACUGCAAGCUGUGUCUACUCAGGCCCCAAGGGGCAUCUCUGUUUCCAUUCUCCCCCCACAGACCUGUCAAGAGAAGCAUGACAAACAAAAUCAUUUACCUGACUUUAGUGCUUUUUCCCAUAAUUAAACCUGAUUCUGAGUUA